CAAUUACAUUAAGGCUUCACACCAGCCUACAGUUAAAAAAAUCAGAUGAAAUAAAGGACAAUAAAAAUUGCUAGCAUUUAUACAGAGCUUUUAUGCUGGAAAGGUAGUUAAAUAUGAUCUCACUUUCACCUUACUCACAACUCUCCUACCCCCUGUGCCUUGGGGGUUAGGGGCUAGUUGGUUCCCAUUUUACCGAUUAGGAAACUGAGGGAGAUAAGGUGUAGUGUUGAGUUCAAGGUCACUCAACGAGUGUCUGAGACCGAAUUUGAAUUCAAAGCUUCCCGACUCCAGGUCUAGCCCUCUCUCUGAUUAUCAUCAACUACAACGCAGCAUAUAUCAGGAGAUGGCAAAAUGGAUAAAGGUCCAGGGGUGGAGUGGAAGAAAUCGACGGAAUGGAAGUCAUUCAAAUUUAUGUCUUCGGUUUGGGACUAGAGUCGCUUCUCAAGGAAAAAAAGAAUAAACGAAGGAAUAGUAAGAAUUAAACCAGGCCUUCUCCGAGAUCACGUGAUCUCAAAAAAUGUACCAAUUAUUUCUUCGACAAAGAAUGUUGUCUUCAGAGGCACCCGUAGGCCCACCCCCCCCUAUGACGCCCAAUGAGGUCGCCACUCAAUGGCUUCGGGCGCCUGGAUAUGUCGUCACGUCAGCGGUGCUCGUGCAAUUCCCUGGGACUGAGCCCAAGCUCCUGCUCUGUCUCUUACCGCUUCUUCCUGGCCAAGCCAUGGCCGAAGCGGAGGCCGAGGAGAACGGCGAAGAAGGCGACGUCUUUCGGGAGCCCUUAACUCCGGCUCCUGGCCGGACUGUGGUCUGCGCACCAUGGUCAGGGGGUCUGGCAGCUCCCCCGGCUCUGUGGGAGGAGACCGAGCAGCCGCAGCUCGCCCCCUCUUCUCCCGCGGUCCCCCUCGCGCCCGAGCACCUCCCCCGGGUUCUGGAACAAGUAAGGAAAGCGCCGCCUCCGUCGCCCCGGCCCCUCGGGACUGUGGGCUCCGGCCUAAGCGGGAGCUGCGGCUUCAGUGUAGUGCAGGACGCGGCCCGUCGUUUGCAGGAUGCAGCCCAGCAGGUGGCCCAGCACUGGGGCCCUGAUGCCCCGCCACCACCACCUCGGCUCUUGCAGCCUAAGGAACUAGAAGCCAUUCGUGUCAAGGUAAAAUCUGGAGAAAGGCCAAUGCCACCUCUUGCAGCAAUCCAGCCCAAAACAAUAACUUUGAGUCAUCCAUUCAAUGGGAAUACAGAUUUGUUAGGAUUAAGUGUUGUUAAUCCUUCAAUUAUCCAGAUACAACCUCUUAAAAGAACUGAACAACAGGAUUUAGCAAAUACUUUACCUUCACCUCCUCUUCAGUUUCUUGUGCAGAGACCUCUGCCCCCUCUUGGACCAGUUUCUGUGGAGAAGUUUUUGGCACAUAAAAUGCAAAAUGGACAGAGAUCUACAUUUAUUCCUUUGUCUGUUUUGAACACUUCAGCAAUUACAUCUUCAGCAGUUACAUCCAAUUCAGCAAAUUUACUUAUUUCCACACCUGAGAGUGAGCGCACUGAGAAGCUCAAAAAAUCUUUAAAAGUGAAAACCCGAUCAGGGCGGAUUUCACGGCCACCAAAAUAUAAAGCUAAAGAUUACAAGUUCAUUAAAACUCAGGAUUUAGCUGAUGGGCACCAGUCAGAUUCUGAUGACUAUUCAGAACUUAAUGUGGAAGAGGAAGAUGACAAGAGGGGGAAAGAUACAUUAUUUAAUUCUUCAAGUGGUUACCUGAAACCUAAAACAUUUAAGUGUCAGACUUGUGAAAAGUCCUAUAUAGGACAAGGAGGACUAGCUCGACAUUAUAAGCUUAAUCCAGGGCAUGGGCAACUGGAACCUAAAAUACUGAUACCUGGUAAACCCAAUGGAAAUGGAGAAGCUGGAGACAUCACUGUGAAUACAGUCACUACUGAAUCAUCAAUUCAUGAAAGUACUCUAGCUCCUGGUGUGGCAGAGUCAGAUUCAGCAUGGAAUGGACAACAGAAUUGUGAUUCCAAAGAAGUUGGGACAUUAUUGGAGUCAGAAGAAAAAAAUGGAAAUCGCCUGGCAUGUUGGGGAUCCAGGAGGACCAAAGGAUCAAAAAGAUGUAGGAAGCUAAAGGCAUCUGUAAAGUCAAGUUGUUCAGGCAAACACAGCAAUUCAGUUCAUCCUACUUCAUGCACAGGUGGAGCAGCAGAACAAAAUGUAGUGGGGAAUAAAAAAGCAGAGCUCAAAGAGUUGCUCCAACAGUGUGACCAUGGAGAUUUAAUGGAACUGGUUCUACCACAUUUAAGCAAGCUUGUAACUGUCUAUGAAUUUCUUCUUAUGAAGGUUGAAAAGAGUCAUCUAGCAAAACCUUUUUUCCCAGAUGUAUAUAAGGAAUUUGAAGAGUUGCAUAAGAUGGUUAAGAAAAUGUGUCAAGACUACUUCGGUAGUUCUGUUCUGAGUUCUCAGCAACCCCUGGAAAUAAAAAAUAAUGAGGUUGCUGAGUCAUUGGGAAUUACAGAAGAACUUCUACGGAAGAAAGAAAAGAAUAGUAUUUUGCCCCAAACUAUACUCAGUGCAGUUGAAGUGGGGCUAGGUGAAAUUACUGGACAGAAAAGAGAAAAAGAGAUACUUGAAGAAGUGAUGGUGCCAGUCAAAAGAACCAGGAUAGAAAGUGGAUCCAAGAAUAUGAAUCACAAUUAUAUUAGUCAUGGUGGACUUCAGGAGAAAACCACUCCUUUGUGUAACCAAGUUAACGCUGAAGGUUUCAACCUCCAGCUUAAUAGGACUACCUCUCAGUUUUCAGAAGAAACUUAUAAUGUAACUGUUGAUGCUGAAAGUCAAAUGUUUCAUGCUGACCAGCUGCCUAAAACACUUGCUGAUGCAGAAGGCAAGAAUGAAUCUGUAGAUUCUGUCACCCUGUACCAGGCUGUUAAUGGAAUUCAAACUUGUUCCCAGUUAGAAAAUCCAGGUGACCUGCUUCAAGAACAGACAGAGUUGUUCCCUGCUUGUGUUCAAAAUCACUCACCUGACUUCCAUAAUACCACCUUAUCUGCUAGAGAUUCCACUUGGUCUGGGUAUGAGAUUCAAAACAGACGAGAGAAUGAAGAAUGUAAAUCUCAUCAGGAAUUUUUUAAUCCAGGGAAUGAGACUAAUGAGAUAACGUCACAGCCUGAAAGAAUUUUGCCAGCAGACUUUGUGACCACAGCCAAUUCAUACCAGAUUUCCUCAGAAUCACAGCAUCACCCUUUACUAGAAGCAUCUCUGUCCACUGAGGGCAUUUUGGAAAGUCCUGAAAACUUGGAUCAGUUCCCUGAGUCAUUACAGGAUAAUCAAAGGGAACAAGAGAAUGCAAUUGCUGUAAGUGAAACUCUGGCAUUUGAAAUUACUGAUGAAACCCAGGAAUUGUCUCAGGGACAUGAACAGAUUUUUAUUCAAACUUCAGAUGGGCUCAUCCUGUCCCAUCCAGAUACAGCUGUAUCUGAGGCUAAUGACAUCGUUAUAGUAACAGAUGUUGAUGGUACUGCGGUUCACAUCAGCACACCUGAUGGGCUUCCUUUAGAAACUUUGGAAGCAUUAUUGGCAGUAGAUAAGAGAGAGCAAGAGUGAUGGCACCAGGAACUCUCAUAAUUAAAUGGUACCAGAACUGUUUUUUUAUUUACAUAUAACUGUCUGAAGAAAUAGUCUAUUUCCACAAAUGUAUAUUUUUUUAAUGUGACUACUGACAAAGGUGAAGCUUUUAACUUAUUUAUAAAGAAUUAUCUUGUUUCUACAAUGAAAUGUACUUUUUAAAUACAUCUUGUCUGAACUGGAAAUAGCUAAAUAUAACCAAAAACCAUGCUAGUAAAUAUUGUUUGAUUUAAAACUUCAAGAGAAUUUUUGAUGAAUGUUGUGAAAAUUGCAUUAUUUGCUAACUUUUGAAUCUCCCUUCCCCCAUGCAAUUUGUUUCACUGUAUUUUGACAGCAAUAUAUGUUGGAAACUUUUUGCUGGAUUAAUUUAAAAACAAACAUCCUAAUUUGUUAGCACUUUUUCUAAUGAGUUUUGUAAAGUAUUUCCUUGGUAAUUAAAUAGAAUAUCACCAUUAUUAUCCCAAUUUUAGAGAUGAGAUUAAGGAAUUGGGAUUUAAGCAAAAUUUUUGUGUUCUAUUUCAAGAUGCAACCAGUGUAAUAUUAAUCAACUAUCACUGGGCUUCAAGUAUCUUUGUAAAAAUAAAAGGGGUUAAAUUGAGUCCCCAUCAAAUCCUAAGUUGCUUAUUCAAUUUUUACAGAAUUUGCCUUAGUUUGUGGUAAUAGUGUAGUUCAAUUCUACCAUGAAAACAUUAAUGUUUUAUUCAUUAUACUAAGUAGUACAUGGGGAGUUAAAAAAGAAAUGUUUUCUACAAAGUGUUACAAGGCUAUUACAAUACUUAAAUGAGACAAUCAGAAUUAGAGAAAGCAGUAUAUAAUCAAGUGCCAAAAUAUGUGAUAGACACUAUCAUAGUAUUUAUCUUUUUAAACACAUUUUUGGAUUAUUGCAUUUGAUUUUCACAACAACAUUUUCUCAGGGCACUGAGACAGAUGUUAAAUGACAGUUACCAGAAUCAAGACCACUAUUCAAAUUUCUUGGUGCUUUUCCUAUCUAAAACAAAAUGUUAUUAAAUUUUCCUUACACUGUGACCAUUUCCCAAUAUUUGUUUAAUCCACUUCCACUCCCAACAAAAUUCUUUGUAACAAAAGUUUAAGACACUGAUAUGUCUAACAAUAUGUCUCAUUAUACACUUGAAAUGAUGUUUCAUUAUUAGUCUUCAAUAUUCGAGAUUGGGUAUUGCAUUUAGGGGCAUCCUGAUAUUUUUUUAUUGUUGUUUUCCCUUAUAUCAGUUGUGGUUAUUAUAUAGAUUGUUACUUGGAUUCUGCUUUUUUCACUGGUCAGUAUAAGCCCUCUCAUUAAUUUGAAUUCCUACAGUUGUAAUUUCUUAAUGACAAAAUAUUUUUUUAUAUUCAUGCCAGUUUAUUGAGCAAUUUCUCAAUUUAUGGGAAUAAAAAUUUACUUAAGUUUUC